AUGCAGUCGCAGCAGCUAGGACAAACACAACAAGGAAAUAAUGAUCGUGAUAGAGAAAUGAGGGACGACAGGCAUGCAGAAGAUCUUGCUAUGCAGGCCGAACAACGGGAGCGCGAGAUGAGAGAACGGCAGCAGAUUGAGCAGGCCCCGCAUGAGAACCACGCCGGUGCAAUACAUCUGCACCAACCCGUGGCCGUUGGCCCACAGUCUCGCGUUAUACAUGGCCCGAACGGCAUUUUGGGUAACUCCACGCAAAUGGGUCCAAGUUCCAUGUCGCAGCCGCCUGCCAGCAUAUUCACGUCUGGGCCAGGCCAGCAGCAGAGCGAGGGUGCCCGUUUGCAACAGCAUCCUGCACAGGCCCCGCAGCAGCAGCAGCAGCAGCAGCAGCAACAACAACAACAGCCGCCGCCGCAACAGCAGCAGCAACAGCAACAGCAGCAGCAAGGUCUUAUGGUCCCAUUUGGGGGACCUCAGGGCAUGCAGCAAUCUUUGGCCAUGGGCCAAGGACAGCAGCCUAUACUUAACGAUGCACUAAGUUACCUGGAUCAGGUAAAAGUGCAGUUCCACGAACAUCCCGAUGUCUAUAAUAAAUUCCUCGACAUUAUGAAAGAUUUCAAGAGCGGAGCUAUUGAUACCCCAGGAGUCAUCGAUCGAGUGUCAUCGCUCUUCGCAGGGCAUCCCAACCUCAUCCAGGGGUUUAACACUUUCCUUCCACCCGGAUACAAAAUUGAGUGUGGAACCGGUGGAGAUCCAAAUGCGAUUAGGGUCACGACACCGAUGGGCACGACUGUGCAGUCUAUGCCGGUGCCCCGUCCUUUGUCGAACCCCCGCAGUGUGCCUGUCAAUGGCGAUGGACCAGGCGCUUCUGAGAGACAGUUCUACGAAGCUGCUUCCCGCGGCCCCGGAGCUAAUUGGCCACAACAGCAACAGCAGCAGCAACAACCGGGCGCUGGUCCUGAGGCUUCCUAUAGCCCAAGUCGCCCGGUUGUCCAGCCGCAUUUUGCGCCUCAGCCAGGCAACCAAGCGCCGAUCUCUCCCGAAGCUCAUGCUAGAGAGCAGCAAAUGACAGCCGCCGCGCUCGCACAUCAGCAAGAACAGAGGGGUGUGUCCCAACUCAGCAAUGCCGUUUCAGCCGCCACUGGUGGUUUGUUGAACAGGCCUGAUCUGAUUUCUCCUCCAGGUGGAGCUCCGAACCAAAUGCCCGCGCAAAGCAUGAAUGGUGUUAGCCACUUGGCCCAGCAAGGCGGCGCACAGGCCGGACUGGAUAAGAGAGGCCCCGUGGAGUUUAACCACGCCAUCAGCUACGUCAAUAAGAUCAAGAACCGCUUCGCGACCCAGCCCGACAUCUACAAGCAGUUCCUAGAAAUCUUGCAGACGUAUCAGCGUGAGUCCAAGCCGAUCCAGGAUGUUUACGCACAGGUGACGCAGCUUUUCAACUCCGCACCCGAUUUGCUCGAGGAUUUCAAACAAUUCCUUCCUGAAUCUGCAGCUCAGCACAGGGCCGCCCAGGCCAGGCAGGCUGCUGAAGAACAGUACAUGUUCAGCAACGUGCGCGGUGAGCCUGCGGGCACUCCCCAGAUGCAUCACACACCGAGGGCCGAGCAGGGCUCUGGUCGUCUUCCUCCGGUUGGAAACUUUGCGCCAACGCCUAGUGCUAGCCGUGACAACAAGAGAAAACGUGGUGAAAGACAGGGCACAGUCGCCAGCUCGACCGCGAUGCCUACAUCGAUACCGGCCGAGGUGUCCGGAGCGGGCCAGAGGACUGGGUUUGCCCAGACUGGAAACAUCGCGAAGCGCGCGAAACAACAGCACGGUGCGAAAUCAUCUGCGAUGCCCGACGCUACUCCGGUCUCACCCACACUUACUCCCGCCAUUCCCGAGCCCAUGGCGCCGACGACUUCGCUCUCAGCUAGCGCCGAGGAGUUGGCGUGGUUUGACCGCGUCAAAAAAUACAUUGGCAACAAGAACACUAUGAACGAGUUCCUCAAACUUUGUAACUUGUUCUCAAUGGACUUGAUUGACAAGUCCCUACUUCUCCACCGCGUUCACCAAUUCAUUGGCGGCAAUCCAGAGCUUAUGGGCUGGUUCAGGAAAUUCCUUGGGUACGACGGCAAGGAUGAGGCCCUCGAGAACCAGCCUAAGCCGCCCAGUGGCCGUGUCGCUCUUUCCAACUGUCGCGGUCUUGGCCCCAGCUAUCGUCAGCUGCCCCGCGCCGAGAAGAUGCGCCGCUGCAGUGGUCGUGACGAGCUUUGCCACUCGGUUCUAAACGACGAGUGGGCCUCUCACCCGACAUGGGCGUCCGAGGAUAGCGGUUUCGUCGCCCACCGCAAAAACCAGUACGAGGAGGGCCUGCACCGCAUCGAGGAGGAGCGCCACGACUACGACCACACGAUCGAAGCCUGCAUUCGCACCAUUCAGCAACUUGAGCCCAUCGCCCAGCAGCUCCUCAACGCUACUGCCGAGGAGAGGGUGCAGUUCACCCUCCCCAGCAACCUGGGCGGUCAGAGUGAAACGAUCUACAAACGGGUCAUCUACAAGAUCUACAACCGUGAGCGCGGAAACCAGGUUAUCGAGCAACUUUUCCAAACUCCCUACACGGUCAUCCCGGUGCUGCUGAAUCGGAUGAAACAGAAGCUGGAGGAGUGGAAGGCAGCCCAGCGCGAGUGGGAAAAGGUCUGGCGCGAACAAACCCAGAGGAUUUUCUGGAAGUCUCUCGACCACCAGAGCGCGAGCGCCAAGGCCGCAGACAAACGUCAGUUCCAGGCCAAGACACUGCAGAACGAAAUCCAGGUCAAGUACGAGGAGCAGAAGCGUCAGCGAGACAUGCAAGGUAUCACUGUGCCCAAGCACCAGUUCGAGUACAGCUUCACCGAUACCGAGGUCCUCUUGGAUGCCUCUAAGCUUCUACUGCUGCAUGCGGAGCACGGCAACUCUACAGACUCGCACAGGCUUUAUGGAUUCAUCAAGGAAUUCGUCCCGCUCUUCUUUGGCCUCAGUGCGUCGAAGUUUGAACGCGAGAUCGGUUCGCCUCAGGCUGAGUCUACUGAUGACGAGAUGGGUGGCAUGGAUGACGGCUCUCGUAAGUCGCUCAAAGUCAACGGCAAGAAGGAUGACCUUCGCCGCGGUGUUCUCGACCCCAGUCGCAGCGGAAGAGCGUCGCGUAAGGAUGCGGACGAGAGCAAUGCGUCGGGUAGCCGUGGAAGCACGCCCGAGGCGGGAUCGGCGGCUGACGACGAAAUGGCUGAGGAGGGAGACGUUACCACGUCGGUACCGAAGGACACUGCUUCGGACAGAUGGCUCGAGCAUCCUGCCGGCGGCAACAACCUUGACAUCCAGGACAUCGCGCCCGAUGGUCCUUACAAGCGGGACAUUUACAACAUGUACUGCAACCUCCCGAUCUACUGUUUCUUCCGCAUGUUCGUCAUCCUCUACGAGCGUCUCUCGCAUCUCAAGCAGAACGAAGAGCAUGUCCAUCAGCUGGUUGCGCGGGCCCAGCACGCCAAGCCCGCUCUCGACCUCAAUCUUAUCGACAAGCGCCCCGAGGACUUUUUCCGCGACACGUCGCCAAAGGCAAAUUACUACGAGCAGGUGCUCGAAAUGUUCAUGGACCAGAUUCGGGGUGAGAUUGAAAUGCCGCAGAUCGAGGAGACGCUCAGGCGCUACUACCUGCAGAGCGGCUGGCAGCUGUACUCUUUUGACAAGCUGCUGAGCUCGCUUGUUAGGUUUGCCUUCGCUCUUCUUAGCAGCGAUGCUAAGGACAAGACGUGGGACAUCUACCAGCUCUUCCGUAAGGAUCGCCAGCAAGAGGAGACGACUCAUGAUGCAGAGCUCAACUACCGGAGGACGGUCGAGAAGUACUCCAAGGAUGGCGACGUUUACAAGAUCUCCUAUGAUCAGUCGCGUUCCAUAACCCGCGUAAUGAUCUUCAAGAGGGAGGAGCCCACCUUCGACACCAGGCAGACCAGCCAGGAGCAGAACUGGCGCGCGUACCUUUCUUCGUUUACGCGCAUCAGCACCACCGAAGGGGUGCCUGCCGAAAAGGUCAAGAUACCUUUUCUGAAGCGUGACGCGCCCGCAGACGACGAUGAGCAAGCCGAGACGUCGCAAGAUGUCAAGAGCGAGGAGUCAUUGACCAUCCGCAUUGCGCUCGAGAAGUUCACCAUGGUAUUCGAGCCUAACACCAGCGAGUACCUUCUCAAGAGCGACAGAGUGCGCAACGGUGGCAAGGACGGCAUCGCCGAAGCGGAGCAGGAGCGCGAGAACCGUGCCAGCUUGGCCAAGGAGAAGGUCGUCAUGAACAAUGCGUGGAUGAAGGAUCUCAGCAAAGACGUUGUCGAUGGCCGCAAGCAAAAAUUCAGCCGCAUGGUUGCCGAAGGUGCUAACGCGCGGGCACCUAGUGCCGCAGCUACUACGGCUUCGGCACCGAAGGAAGAGCAGGCGGUUGCGGCAAGCGGUGAGCAGGAUACCGAAAUGGAAGGUGCAUGA